UUGAGAUUCAAAUUCCUCUAUUUCCUCUCUCUCUCUCUCUACAGUGAAAUAAAAUUCGAUCUUAAAUGCUCUCCUCCUCCUCUAAUGGCGUCUCACAAUAACAGCUCCAAUUCCAACUCCAAUCGCCAUUUCUCUUGGCUUAUCAAAUCUUGCUUCCCCAACCCUAACGAUUCCUCUCCCACUCUCCCUGUAACCUCCAAAUCUUGCUUCGAAUCCGCCGCUACCACCACCCACACCUCUUCUCUACGGCCACCUCCCGCCGCCGCACCGAUCUCCUCUCUGCCGGACGACCUUCUAUUGGACUGUCUUUCUCGAGUUCCGUCCGCUUCUCUUCCUUCUGUCUCACUCGUUUCCCGUCACUGGGCCCGGCUUCUGCUGUCCUCUACAUUUGUCGAUCUCCGCCGUCUUCGCGGCCAUUUGGAGGAUACGGUUUAUGCUGUUUCUGCAACUAAUUAUGGCCUGUACGCGGCGAGUUUCAACUUUCCGAACGGCGGUUUGUGGAAGGUUGCGCUGUUUAAAGCCAAGGAGAGUGUGUUUUUUAGUGAUUUCUAUGGAUUGCUCUCUCACGCGCGACUCUCCGCUAUUGGACCUAGAAUUUACCUAAUCGGUCGAAAUGCGAUGUUUCUGUACGAUACGUGGUCCGGAAUGGUGAAGGCGAGAUCUGCGAUGAAUUUCUCCAGGAAGAAAUUCGCCAAUGCGGUGAUUUCUGGUAGGAUCUACGUCGCUGGCGGUGCUCCGACGACGACGGCGGUGGAGAUGUACGAUCCAGAGACGGACUCGUGGCAAGUCGUUGCGCAGUCGGCGAGAAGACGGUACGGUUGCAUCGGAGCCGCCGUCGACGGAGUAUUCUAUGUUAUCGGAGGACUGAAGAUCGGAGAAGGAGUUUCAGGUAACCUAGUAUCACACAGCGCUUGUAGAUCGGAGGCACACGUCUACGCGAGCUCCAUGGAUAUGUACGACGUGGAGGCGCGUACGUGGCUGAGAAGCAGCGCAGUACCGGGAGGAGGCUGCGUGGUGGCGGCGUGUGCAGCGGCGGGACACAUCUUCGUCCUCACUAGUCACGCCGUUGAGCUCUCGUUCUGGAAAUUCGAUGCAAGAAGAAAAUGCCCUAACAGUAGCAACCGAACCUCAACCAAAUCCACCGGAUUCGGCGAGUGGUACAGAAUAAGAAGUCCACCGCUACCGCCGCAAGUCCGGCUGGACAGCACGGUGAGGUUCAGCUGCGUCGGAAUGGGGGAGACGGUGGUGCUGAUUCAAGUCGCCGGGUGCAUCGACGAUAUACUUCGCCGGAGCGGAAGAAGCGCGAGAGGAUUGAAGGAAGGUUUGGUACUGAUCUACGAGACGAAAAGCGGAGAGUGGAGCAGAGCAGCGGACAUGCCGGAAGUUAUGCAACGCCCCGCCUGUAUCUGUGUUAAGUGUUGAUGACGCGCCCCCAUGGGAGUAAUCAGACGCGCCGCCAUGGGAGAAAAUGACAAAAAAGAGCGCGUGGGUUCACGGACGCGAGUGAGAAAUCCAAACACGAUUGGUUGAUUCGUCAAUUAUUUAAGCCAACAAGAUCUGAUAAUUCCAGAUUUAUUUGCAUGGGGGCUCUGAACCAUUCUUUUUUUAUUUUUUUUUAUUUUU